GCUAAGAGAAGUUGAUGCUAACUUGCCUGACAUGCAAAGCAUUGAUUAAUUCUCAUUGCCAAUCGUCACUUAUUACAACUCCAUGCAUUUUACUUUCUGAAGCUGCCAUUUUCACCAUUUCUUGUGCUUCUGUUUGAGGUAUAAUAACUUGAACUCAUAUUAUUCUAAGCUCUUCCAGAUUAAUGGCAUCUCUUACACCUGGAACUCUGCUGAAGCUUCUGCAGAGUAUGAAUUCGAAUGUAAAACUUCGUGGGGAGUAUAGAUCAGUGCUUCUGCAAGUUAUCAGCAUUGUGCCAGCCUUAACAGGAUCAGAAUUGUGGCCUAAUCAGGGCUUUUUUAUCAAAGUGUCGGACUCUUCACAUUCAACUUAUGUUUCACUAUCAAAGGAAGACAACGAGCUUAUAUUGAACAAUAAAUUGCAACUUGGUCAGUUCUUUUAUGUUGAUAGAGUUGCAGCUGGGACACCGGUUCCUCUUCUAGUUGGCAUUAGACCGGUGCCAGGGCGCAACCCUUUUGUGGGUAAUCCAAAGGACUUGAUGCAAAUUCUAGAGCCAUCAGAGAGUCCAGCUGCUGUUGAUCAGAAUGAUGGACUUGUCAAUGGUUCAAAAAUGAAGGAGAUGUCAGAAGCAAAAGAGGAGAGCCCAAGAAAACAAAAAAUUGUGAUUAAAGAAGAGAAGGCUGUUGUUUCAUCUAGGUAUAUGCAGGGUGUUUUGACAGUGAAUUCCAAGGCCAGUGGCUUGGUUUCAAAUAGCAAUGGAAAGAGUAAUGAAAAUAAUAAUGGUGGAGCUGGUAAGAAGGUCAAGCAGCAAGAUCAGCUUAAAGGUCAGGCACGCUCAGAGACUCCUUCUCAAAGUCGACUUAACGCAACUUCAUUGAAGCCAGAGGGGGCUGUUUCUGACACUGAGGAGGCUAUGGUGCCUUCCAAGAAACUGACUGCAAAGCACAACUCAGGUAGACAGGAAAACAUGAACUUGAAUUAUCUGUCAAACAGGAAAGAUAAAACUCAUACUCCUGAGUUCAUAUCAUGGGCCUCUUUGCCUGCCACACUCUUGAAGCAAGGAAAGGGAAUGCUUAGAAGGAGAAAUGUAGCUUCAAUGGUUGCUGCAGAAGCUCAAAAGGAGGCAUCUACGUCAACAAAUCUUGUCAAAUGCCUUAGUCUGUUUGCUGAUCUAUGUUCCUCUGCCUCAGUAGAGCACCCUCACAGCUCUCUCACCAAAUUUUUCACACUCCAGCAGUUCAUUGAUCAACCGAACGUCACAACCCCAUUAAAGGAUAAAUCACUUCAUUCAUCUAUGCACCAUUCAUCUCAAGAGACAGAAAAGUUUAGUAAAAAGGCAGGCCUUAUUCAUGGUAAGAGCACAUUGAAGUAUUUUGCCAAGCCUUCAAUAGAGUUGAGUGGAAAUGAGAAACUAGAAUGGGCUAAAGGAGAUAGUGCAAAAGAGAUCAAAGAAAUGAGAAAUAACCUCAUAAAUGAAACAAGAAAUUGGUUCUUGAAAUUCUUGGAGGCAGCAUUGGAAGCCGGUUUUCGAGGGGGAAAUCAGGAGAAGAAAGGAAAAUACAAUGCAGGAAGAUUGUUAAUGGAGCCAGAUAGCCACAUUGCUGUCACAUUAUCACAACUGAAGCAUGCGACUGAGUGGUUGGAUAAACAAACUAGAAAUUUGAGCUCAGACAAUAAUGCCUUAGUUGAAACAAUUGAAGGGUUGAAGAAAAAGGUUUAUGCCUGUUUGCUCCUUCAUGUGGACUCAGCAGCCUCUGCUCUAGAGAACAAGUCUGAUAGAACUUGAUUCAACACAAAUGGAACUCAUUUUAUUAAAUUAUGUGUGAUAUAAUGCUGAUGAAUAACUUAUAUUAUUUAAGAUUAAGCUGAUUGAUAGUUUGGUCAAUCAUAGACAAAGCAAUUCAUGUAUAAACUUAUUUGGAACAAUAAGGGCAUUCAAGGUCCAGCUCUAGUAAUGGUGUGACAUUGAUGUGCUACAUUUUUAAUUCA